AUGAAGAAAGAAUUCUUAAUGUUUUUAUUUGCUUUAUUAAUAAUUCCUAUUAUAGGAAUAUUUAUUAUAUGAUCUACACAGUUUUAUUCUAAAAUGUAUCAAUAUCCUUUUUAUUAUAUGCCUUAUCCUUUUAAAAAAGUGGUUAUAACAGAAGGAGCAAAUUCUUGUAUGUUGAAAGAUGGAUCUUGAUCACAAGUUGUAUUGACAGAUAGUGAUGAUAUGUUCAUACAAAACGAAACUGCCCCUAAAGUAGUUGCAUUUAUAAUUUCUAUAUUGAAUUUAAUGGUAUCAUUAUUAGUAUAUAUACUAUUUGAUUUUAGUAAUAACCAAUUUCAAUUUAUACAAGAACACUAUGAUUUGAGUUUUUAUGAUAUAUAUUUAGGUGUGGAUGGUAUUUCAAUAUAUUUUGUUUUAUUAACUACAAUAAUAAUACCUAUAGCUUUAAUGUCGAAUUGAAAUUCGAUAACAAACAAUGUAAAAUCAUACUUAAUCAUAAUGUUAUUAUUGGAAACUUUGUUAUUAGCAGUCUUUUUAGUCUUAGAUAUACUAUUAUUUUAUAUAUUUUUUGAAAGUAUAUUGCCUCCAUUAUUUAUAUUAAUCGGUUUAUUUGGAUCAAGUAAUAAAGUAAGAGCUAGUUUUUAUAUUUUUUUAUAUACAUUUAUCCUUAAGUGUAAAAGAGCCAAACACCGGGUAAGCCCUAAAGCUCUAGUAACCAAGGUUGUUAAGGAAACUUUACAACUGGCCUGAUUAAUGCCUCAGGGUAUGGUAAAAUCACUAGUUUUCAUACAUGAAAAGCUACUUUUAGUAGUAGAUAUAUGGGUGAUCGCGGAUCUAAAUCAUCCUUUUAAAGCUCAAUGUAAAAAAGCAGCUGCUAAGGGUGUAAAAGAGCAACGAGUAGACGGUUCUUUGAGUUCCACUCCCCCCCUACAAGUAGGGGGUUUGCGAAGAAUGGAGCUCAUAAGGUGUACUCUAGUCGCUGGGAAACCAGUUUUAGGGAGAAAAAUUCAUUAUUGUCCUAGGGGUCCGGCACCUUCAAAUCGAGUGAAGGUGCCAGGAGAUUAUAUUAUAAUUACGCAUAAUAGAUUCAUACACUCCCAGAAGUCCACUCAAAGAGUGGAUCCUUGAUUUGUAACAGGAUUUAUAGAUGCUGAGGGGUGUUUUAUGAUAGGGUUAACAAAAAGUGAAAAAUAUAGAAUGGGUUAUCAAGUAACAGCGAUAUUUAAAAUUAGUUUACAUAGCAAAGAUUAUGAUUUACUAUGUCAAAUUAGAAAUUAUUUUGGUGUAGGUAUAAUUAUUAAACAUGGGGAAACUACAUUACAAUAUCUGGUUAGGUCAAUAAAAGAUUUAGAUGUCAUUAUAUCUCAUUUUGAUGCAUAUCCAUUGAUUAGUCAAAAAUGAUCUGAUUAUAAACUUUUUAAAGAAGCAGUUGCAUUAAUUAAAAAUAAAGAACAUAUAACUAAAGAAGGAUUUAAAAAGAUUCUUUCUUUAAAAGCUUCUAUUAAUUUAGGUUUAUCAGAUGAAUUGCAAUUAGUUUUUCCUAAUAUUACACCAGUAGCUAGACCUUUACCUGUGCUCAGCGAGAAAAAAAAGAUUAAAAACUUUAAUUAUAUAGCAGGUUUAACUAGUGGUGAUGGGUGUUUUUUUAUCUCUAUCCGUAAUUCUUCUUAUACUAAAUCAGGAAAAUCUGUGGUAUUAAAAUUUCAAAUUGUUCAAAAUAGUAGAGAUGUCGAAUUAAUCCAAACGUUAGUAUCUACUCUUGGAUGCGGUAGAGUAGAGUUAUGUUUAAAGCAAUCUGCUGCAUAUUAUGUUGUAACUAAAUACGAAGAUAUUCUGAAAAAAUUCAUCCCACUUUUUGACAAUCAUCCUAUUAAAGGUGUAAGAGCUUUAGAUUAUUCAGAUUUUAAAAAAGUAGUUCUUUUAAUGAAGAAUAAAUCUCAUUUAACUGAAGAAGGUCUAAUUGAAAUCCAAUCUAUCAAAUCAAAUAUGAAUCGAAACCGUGCAAAUUAG